UAGAGAUUUUGAGCACAAAAGUAUCACAAAACAAAAAGCCAGGUAAAAGAGCAGAGAGGCAAACGGGGAGAAGAGAAAAGAGAAAGAGGAAAAACGGUGAACUUCCUCAGCAGCAAAAUAAUAAUAAUCAUAAUAAAUUUCUACUUCGUUUCAAGCUAGUUUCUUCUUCUACUUUUUUUCUCUGUGUCGGUUCUUUCACCGUAAAGAAGUUCAAAUCUGAAAUUUCAACAUUGUUUCGCCGCGAACUAUGGUGAAUUGCCAGCCAGCAGCCUAUUCUCGCCGGAAUAUUGUAUAUUUUUGAGAUUUAAUCGAAAAGUAUAUUAUGGAGAGAAACAGAGACGCAAGAAGAUCGAACCUGGCUUCGUCAAAUGGAUUGCCUAGACGUCGUCAAAGAAGCAAUAAUCUCCGAGAUUCACCUGAAGCUGGAGAGAUGGAGGUGCAAGAAACGGUGAGGCUAAGAGAGAGAGCGAGCAAGAGGGAAAGGGACCGAGAUUUGUUGAAUCGGAGCAAGCGUAGGAGAGCAGAUAAGGUGGUUUUACAAGGGAGCAAUAACAGAGAAGAAGGAGAAGAAAGCACGGAGGACAGUUCAGGUGAAGAAGAAGACUACGAAACCGAGCAGCUCAGUAACCGUAAAAUCUCACCGUCAGCUAGAGUCUCCAGACAAGUACCCCCUUUGAAGUCCACAGAUGAAAUGAUUAGUUUUCCAGUCCCGAGAAAAGCUCGCUCAGCUUCAGUGAAGAGGUCACUUGAGAAUUGGGUGGCUGGAAAUGGUGUGUUUGUGGAGGAACAAAAUCACGGGCGAUCUUCGAUUUCACCGGCCCGUCGGAGCGUUGAGUCAGACCGAGUUUCACCGUCUUCUUCAAAUGGUUCAUUUAGGAAGAAGAUGAAGCCUAAUGGACCUAAGACUCGGUUUCCAAAGGCGACCAAGUCUUCAAGCUCAGCCCAGGAGGAUAUCGAGAUCGAAAUCGCAGAGGUUUUAUAUGGUUUGAUGAAGCAAUCACAAAGCUCCAAGAAGGAAGAUAGCGCUGGAAAUCCUUUUCCAAAGCUUGAAUCUGAAGAUGCAAAUGGUUUCUCUACCGAAACCAAGCCCUCAGGUUUAUCUCAGAUUGCGAGCUCUGCACAGAGUCAAUCCCAGACAACGGUUUUGGCUGAUCCAUUGGUUGGCGUUGCGUCAAAGAAGAAGAAAGUGGAAUCUGAGAAUUCUCCUACUCCGAUGAAAGUUGAGAAUGAGCAACGGGCAAAAAUAGAAAAUUUUUCGCCGAAACGGGUUCAAAUAUCAGUACUUAAUGCGGUAAUUUCUGAGUCUAGUUUUGAUACGGGUAAAACUGCAUCAGUGUUAAUGGAGUCAGGGGAGAACGUGGUGAUGAUUAAGCAGGGAGAUUCGAAACCAUCGGAUGAAGAAGAACCAAAUUCCAUAGAUGGAGCUGUGACCAGGGAAAAGUCUGUUUCGACUGAAAAGGAAUCUGCUAAAUUGGAUGUUGAUUUUCAGGAUUCGACAGUGACUAAAGCUGUGGGAUAUCACAGAAUAUCGACCGUUUCAAAAGUGGAGAACCAACGUGAAGAGAAGUUCAAGAUCGAUUUGAUGGCUCCCCCUCCGAUGGCGUCAUCUCCGGAAAGGGAUGGCCCUGUGGAUAUCGCAUUGGAUCCUAAGUACAAGGUUCUGGAUAUGGAGUUGAAGAUAGAGACUGUGGUCAAGGAUGAAGCUAAGGUUGUGAAGAAAGAAAUGAGGGCAGAAGAUAGUAAAGACAAGAAGAUGGAUACCAUCGGGGAGAAACGAGAUUCAUUGAAACUUGAUUUGGAGAAGCCUCAUCAAGAUAAUGGUAGUGAUUGUUGUAAAUUUGAGCAUGGUAAAAAACAACAGCUAUCUAAACCUGGCAUUCCUAAAGUGGAGAAAACCGCUCAAUCUAGUUCAGUGCCUGUGCCAAUCACCCUUACUGGCUGGCCAAAUGGUUUGCCACCUCUGGGGUAUAUGCCUCCCUUCCAGACAAUGCCGCCUACGGAUGGGAGUACUAGAUCAUCUACGGCAUUGCAGCCUUCUCAUUUCCUUCUUUCUCAACCUUGGCCUAAAAGAUGUGCCAUGCAUCAUUACAUUGCUCGUAACAUACACUUACACCAGCAGUUCGCAAAAAUGAACCAGUUUUGGCCAUCAGCUCCUGGUUCUGCUUCUCCAUGUGGGGCCAAGCCCAACAAUCUCAAUGUGGUGCCAUCUGCAGAAAAUUUGAUUUUUGGAAAUCCUUUGCAAGGAAGUUUCCCAGUUGUGAAUCUAAACUCUACAGAAGAGAAAGGUAAGGUUAUGGCGAGCUUUCCUGGUCUUACCAGGAAAGAUAAAAGCUCUGACUGCACCAAUUUAUUGGACACCGCACAGAGAAAGCAGGUCGUGCUUCAACUGGCUUCCCAACCAGCAGCUGCUGGUAACUUGAUGCAUGGCCCUGCUUUCCUCUUUCCUUUAAGCCAACAUCAAAGUGCGGCAAAUCAAUCUGGGCCUUCUAAAUGUGCUACUUCCACUAACAAAGCAUCAUUGAGUAAUAAUUCAACACCCGGAAUUUCCACUGGCUCUGCAGCAUUACCAGGAGUAGCAGCAGCUGUGAGCUUUAAUUACCCAAAUUUGGGUGCUAAUGAAGCUCCAUAUUUGACAAUAUUACAGAACAAUGGUUACCCUUUGGCUGUCUCUGCUCCUGUUGGAAACCCGUCAGCAAUUAGAGGAGGAACCCCAACUCAAGCGUUGCCUUUCUUUAAUGGGUCUUUCUAUUCUUCUCAGAUGUUCCAUCCUCAACUUCAACAGCAGCAAGCUCACUCUCAGCCUGUGGUUCAGCCGCCUUAUCAGAAUGCAGUCACAUCAAGUGGCUCAUCAACAUCCCACAAGCAACCAGAAAGUAACCAGCCACGGGGUGGACAAAUUAGUGGCAAUAAUUUUUUGAGCUCAACAAGCAUGCAGUCGCAGCAGUUGCAGAAGUAUCACAUGCUCACAUCCAAUCAAUCUCGCAAAUUGGAUCCUGAGAUGAAUGGGGAGAAUACAACCUCAGACACCCAGAAAAGUGUUUAUGGCCAAAAGCCACCACUUCCUAAUCAGCCACUCAACUAUGCCUUGGUACCUUCUGCAACGGUGGGUGGUGGCAGUGUAAAUGGAAAUCACAGUGAGAAGCAGCUUUCACAACAGAAGAAUUUGAAGGGUGGAGUUGAUCUCGUCCCUCCACAAGCAUUUGCCGUGUCAUUUGCUUCUUUCACUGGAAACAACAUACCUUCAAACCUUAACUUCUCAUCUAUGGCACAAAACCCCACAAUUUUUCAUAGCCUACCUGAGAUGGCUCGGCAAGGGUACCAGGUUGCACCUGUGCCGCAAGCUGCACAGCAGAAGAAUCACCAAAUAUCUGACGGGAAGAAUGGAGGUGGUUCAACCAAUCUGGAUGAUGGAAAAAAGGUAAGUUUGGGGAAGUCACAUACAACAAACGGGCAGACAUAUGUUUUUGACAAUCCAGCUAGAUCUUUGAACUUUGCGUCAUCUCCUGUCGCUGCAAAUUGGCCUCCUCGCUCCAUCACCUCCACUACAGUAACCACAAAUCCUCCCAUUGCUGCUAAUUCAUCAAAUUCCCAACAACAGCUGCUUCUACUUCAGAAGCAGCACAUGGUGCAGCAACAUCAGCAGCAACCUGUUGCAGCUUCUCGAAGCAAAAGUCAGACAGCCAACACCAUGCCUGCAGCUUUCGUUGCUGCUAAAUUUUCUAGCAAUGCUGCUAUAUUUCCACAAACUGCGCCCCAAAGUAACAGUUCUGCACAAUCAACCCAGUGGAAAAACUCAGCAAGGACCUCGGCUGCCCAGGUGGCUUGUACAUCAGUUGCAGCUACCAACGCCUCAGCCGUUAAAAAUCUUCCCCAGCAACCAUCGAGGCUUCCACAAGGCCAAACCCAGAUAUCGUUUGGGGUAAAUACCAAGUCCAGCUUAUCGCCACAAGUACAAGAAAUACCUAUCAGUAGCCAGUCAGCAUCGCCUAUGAUAGUUGGGUCUCCACCUAGUAGUGGCAACUUGAGAACAAGUUCAACAGGCAGCAAAGUUGGUUCAUCAGUUCCCACAAUACAAUCACAACAGAGCGAGAAUUCUUCUCCUGGUAACGGCCAGAAAUCCUCUCCGGUGUGUGGAAGGAACGUGCCUUCAAUUUUGAGCACAUGCCCCAGCCACCUUUCCGAACUCAAGUAUUGAAACGUAGCUGCAAUUAGAAUAUUGCAACAGCAGCCUGCCUUCUUCUCAGGCCUUGUUCUCGAGUAUUGAAAUGGGAAAGGCGCAGGACACGUUAGAAAGAUUUUGCGGGAACCCAGUUUUCACGUUAAGUGAAAGGCACGUGGGUUCUUGAGCCUUGGGGAACUAAGGAUUUUGAUUAUGUCUGGCAGAUGCACCGGAGGUGUAAAGAAAAGGAGCUUGAGAAUUGAAUGUGAAACGCAGUUAGGCCGGAAGAUAAGUUUUAAGUGCAAUCCCGAGACUUCUUCCGACUAGCCAGCUCCGUACCGGUACUAUGAUCAAAGUGGACGUGAUGCCAAGCGGUUGCGGGUAGCAAGCAUCCCAGUCACAAUGACUUGGGCAUCUGUUUUGUGUGAGUUGGCAGGGGAUUGGGGUCAAGGGUGCAGGAUAAUGUUUAAAAGGAGGUUGGGCUGUGUCAGGUCUUACAGUUUUGAAGUCGGACCAAAUUCGGGACCUACCAUAACCAUAUUCUGGGGACUAUUGUUUGUUGCCGUAUUUAAGGCUACUAGGUGUUUGAUUGUUCUAAAGCUGAUGCUAACGUGUAAAUAGGAUAGUCAUUUGCAAAGAAUACAAUGUUCCUAGUUUCAUUAUUUUAUUUGAGAUUAUUCCUCACCCAUUUGGGUAUCUGCCCUUU